UAGUUGAUAAGACUACUGUAGUUGAAAACGUGGAGGAGUACGGUACGUCUCCUGAUGGUUGGGAGAAAGUUGCCAGCAAUACAGGUGCACCGGUGGACGCUUGCCAGGAAGCUUUCUCGGCAAUUAUCAAGGAGUCGGAAGCGGAAGAAAGAAUUAUAAAAAAAAAUGUCAUGGGUACUGGUCAGUAGUUUUCUUUAUAUGUACACUUAAAUAUGCUAUACUUUUGUGUAUAGUUACGAAUAAAUAAUAUUCUUAUGUCAGGUGGAGGACCGAUGGCUAAGUGUGUCGACAACCCCCUUUUUAAUAAGGUGAGGGGUUUAGUCGGACCUGCCAUUGACGGUUGCUAUACAAUUUAUGAUGGUGAUAGCAGCCUCAUCAAAGCUCAGGAGGGCAUAAUACCUAUCGAAGCAGAUUUAAAUUUUGAAGAUGAACUUCCCAUACAAGAACCGAAACAAAAAGAGGAAAAGGAAGAAUACUUCACAAGUGAUAGGGCAAAUUUAAAAAAGAAUCCUCAUCCUCUGUUGGCACGUAAACGAAAAUUGCAAACAACCGCUAAAGAAACAGUAGCCAGUAAAUUUAAAUUACUAGCCGAGGAAAAAAUGGCAUUGGUAUCGGCCCAAAAAGAACUUAUAGAUAUUGAAUUAAAAGAUAAGGAAGAAAUACUAGAACACAACCGCCUAUUAAGAAAAAUGGAAAUUGAAGAAGCGAAAAAAAGAUACGAAUACGAUGAGCAAGAAAGGCGGGAACAUAACCGGAUAUUGAGACAAAUGGAAAUAGAGGACAAGAAGAAGAAAUUAGAGCACAAUGAGGCGAUUAGAAGUCUUGAGCUGGAAAAAUAUAGGCAAACUUUGUAAAAAGAAGUUUAAAUGAAGGCUGUCCGAUGUUCACAAGUCCAGAUACAAGAUCGAAUCUUGAAGAAAAAACUAUGUGAAUAUUCAAGUGAAACUAUUAAUCUUUAUAUACUACAUUUAAGCUUCUCUGUUCAAAAAUAAAAACUAAAUGAAAACCCGUAAACUAAAAAUUAAAACAAAUUCUCUUUUGUUAAACUAAAGGAUAUGUUUAUUCAACAACAUAUGAGAAACAGAGGGUUUGUUUAGCAA